GAUUUUGAAUGUUCUUUUUUUGCAUUAAUGAGGAGUCAAAUCCAUAUUUUGGCUUCAUGUAUUCAUUCCAUAAUUUUCACAGUUGAAGAUUGUCAGCACAUGUGAACUUCAUCAAACAUACUUAUUAUCAGUUUAGAAGUUUCAUACUUAAUUAUCAGUUUUCUUUUUGCAAAAUCGAUUUCACUGAGAUGCCCACUUGUUUAUUUUCAUGAUUCAGAGAUUUUGAAUGUUCUUUUUUUGCAUUAAUGAGGAGUUGAAUCCAUAUUUUGGCUUCAUGUAUUCAUUCCAUAAUUUUCGCAGUUGAAGAUUGUUAGCAUAUGUGAACUUCAUCAAACAUACUUAUUAAUUUGGAAACUUUGUGAAUGACCUGAAGGAUUCUUCUAAUUUUCGGAUUAUUGCUGCCAGUAUCUUCGGUCUUGGUUAACUGCACCGUGGAUGUUUAUAUAUGCUGUUGGAAAUCUAGUUGAUGAUUGUCCUUAAAAGUCUUUAAUUCAUUCUUCAAUUUUAAAAUGUCACAUAUAGAAAAUGAUUAAAUCCUUAAUUAGUGAAGAUAGUCACUCUUAAAUUUAGAUUUUAAAUAGAGGUGAGGAUAGUUUUCUUCCUUUUUAGCUUUCUUCUCCCGUAUUGCUAGUUUUUUAGAGAAUACUUUGGUCAACUUUACAGUUGAGGCAGCCAAAUGAAAAAGAUAAUUGUGAGGCCAAGACUAGCAGACAAGCAUCUAUCCCCAGGCACGGAAAAGUGAGUGGUGAGCCAUCUGCCGAACCAGGGGCUUGUACUGGCAGUAUGCAUAGCAAUAAAUCCAAGGUUUCAAAACAAAACAAGCCUUGGAAUCAAAAAAUAAAUGCUGAUCCUCCAAGUGGCCUGAAUCCUGGAAAUUGUUGUCGGUAUGAUAGUUCUUUAAGCUUGUUGACAAGGAAAUUUAUCAACUUAAUCCAGGAAGCCAAGGAUGGGACGCUUGAUCUGAACUAUACUGCGGAAGUAUUGGAGGUCCAAAAGAGGAGGAUAUAUGACAUCACAAAUGUGCUUGAAGGAAUUGGAUUAAUAGAGAAAACUUCAAAGAACCAUAUUCGCUGGAAGGGAGCUGACAAUUUGGGGCCAAAGGAGCUUGAUAAUCAAGUUGCUUUACUAAAGGUGCAUCUAGAACUACAUGGUCUUUUUCUUUUACUUUUGUUCCUAAUAGGUUCGUUGUUCUUGAAGAAUGAUUACUUAUUAAAUUGUGAUUCCUACAACUCAUCCUGUCCUAUAUGUUUCUUGCCCUGUUGCCUGUAA